AUGGCUUCGACGGAUCGUGAGGUACUGGUUGCCCUGUUACGUUCGACGGGCGGGAAUACUUGGAGAAGAAAAGACAACUGGGACACAGAUACUGAGCUAAAAACAUGGUAUCGUGUCAAGGUCGACGACCAAGGCUUCGUCGUGCACCUCGACCUUACGGGAAACAACCUCCGAGGAAAGAUACCGAGAGAGCUUGGAGAGCUGAGGGCGCUUACAUCCCUGCACCUUUGGAACAACACCCUGACAGGGCCCAUUCCUAAGGUGCUUGGAACCCUCCACGGACUGAAGACGCUGUGGCUCAACCACAACCAUCUCGCCGGUACUAUUCCGCAGGAACUGGGAAACUGCGUAGGCCUGACGGAGCUGUGGCUCUGCGAAAACAGCUUGGAAGGUCCUAUCCCCCCGGUUCUAGGGAAGCUUGAGGCCCUCGAGCAACUGAUGCUUUGGGGCAACAAGUUGAGCGGAUAUAUUUCGGAGGCGCUGGGAAAUCUCAGUAUGUUGAAGGUGCUUCGGCUCGAUGACAACCGGCUUACCGGACAAAUCCCCAAAGCGCUGGGAGGCCUCAGCAUGUUGGAGAAGCUUCGCCUCGACAACAACCGGCUUACCGGACGUAUACCCGAGGCGCUGGGAGACCUCCGCAUGCUGGAGGAGCUUCGGCUUGACAGUAACCGGCUUACCGGGUCCAUACCGAAGGAGCUGGGAGCUCUCGCCGCGCUGAAGCACGUUGUUCUCCGCGACAACCAACUUACAGCUCUCUGGAAUCACACCCUGAACGUUGAAGAUGCCCGUCACGAAGAGGCAUCUCACAGCAUGCAAGGAGGGUCAUUUCCUCGGCAGCUGUGCCGGUUGCUUGAUGUCCUAGAUCGUGCAGAGAGAGAGGUAGAUCUCAAUCUCGAUGAUAACCCAUGGGCUGAGCCUCCAGAGUCCAUCGUGGCCAAAGGCGCGAAGAAUAUCAGAGGCUAUUUCGAAGACCUGUACGCUGAACCCUGCCGGGUCCAGCGCAGCAGCGUCAAGAUUAUUCUCGUCGGGCAAGAAGGCGCAGGGAAAACGAGCUUGCGCAAGAGCAUGAAGGCGAAGGAAGCAACUCCUACGGGCGAGUGGAAGGAGGAGAGCACAGUUUUUGCAGACGUGGAACGCAUGGAGCUAGAAGGUUCAUCCAUUCGGGUGUACGAUUGCGCUGGCCAGGUAGCCUACACGGGGCUGCUGCAGAUGUUCCUGACGCCACGGGCUGUCUGCGUGAUAGUAUGCAACGCGGAAUCUUUCGGACAACAGCGAGGUACAUGCGAAACCGGUGGUCAGGUUAAGGAAGACUGCCGCAAGCUGGAAGAACUGCGAGUCUGCGAUUGGCUGCGAUCGAUCUCUCGACGCGUUCCCGACAACGACGUCAUCCUCGUCGCUACCAAGUGUGAUUCGGUGGGCGGGAACGCCGGGGAAAUUGGCAAACGAAUUGAGCUGGCCAGUCGAAUGUGGCUGGCGAGCUGGGUUCGCAGUGGCAUGCAGCCCGUUCGUUUGGAGCCUGGGGUAUGUCUCACGAGCUGCUGCACGACUAACGUGUGUGAGGAUGGCGAGAGAAGCACCAGGAACCAAGCGAUGGAGGGUGGGUGGACGUGCGACUGGCGGGACGGUAAAGACGACAACCCCUCGCCCAGUUUGCUCCACCGGCUUGUUAACAAACCCGACGGUGGCGGUCUCCGAGGGGCUCAGAUGGUGAUUCCUCGAAGCUGGGAUAUCGCGCUGACGGUUCUGGAAGCUCUAGAGCGUGGACGAGAUCCCGUGGAGAUGGUAGUCGAGGAUUUGGGCGACGCUGACGGAGGAGACGCCACAGGAACGGCAGCAUGCAAGACAGGCUUGUACCAUGGAAUCACGGCGGAGGACCUUCGCACCAAGUGGCAGGAGGCAGCUGUUGGGCUGGCGGGGAGAGACAUUACAGUCACAAACGCCGACAAUGCGUUGGAGGGAGCUCUAGCUAUCAGGGAGUUCGAUGGAUCCCUCGUUCGCCACGAGACGUUUGUCUUUCUGGACGUCGUUUGGCUGGCCAGAAUCCUCAAACCCUUGCUCAACCACAAGGAUGAAGAGACAUUCGACGGGCUUGUGAACCUAGGAGACACAGGCGAUACGCGUGUCACCCUCGAGGACCCAUCGGACAUCGCUUCGUGGGGCAGGCUCAAGAACGAGGGCGUGCUAGAACCCCGGUUGGCGCGAAAGCUGUGGCCUAAUGGCCUGUCGGAGUAUGUUAUCCCCACUAUUGCCUCCCUGGGUCUCACUUUCCCACUCGAAAACGAUCCUGCUGGGGGCCUGGUAGUGCUGCUGCGGCUAGAACACGACCGCCCCGAGCUUGUGGGCAAAGUGAUCGACACAUUCUGCUUGGACCAAACCCCGGCCUUGAGGGCAAGUUGGAAGAUUUUUCUCGGGGUACCGGCUGGUGCGAUUGAGAAGGUGUUGACGCGGUGCUGCAGCCUCGGUGGCGUGCAGACGUUUUGGCGGUCGGGGGUGCUUGUGCAUGGUGGCGUCGGCGAACAAGAUAGGAGCGGGAUAUUUGCCGUGGUCUUGGAGUACUCGCCCUCGGACAAUGAGCUAACAGCUCAGAUUUUCGGCGAUAUCAGCACUCCAGCUCCAUGGGUGGCACUUUCGUACGUCGUCUCAGCCGUAAGCUUGAUGCUGCUGGAUUUCCCAGGACUGCGCUCCAGGGGCUCUCUCAAAUGUCCUCAGCAUGGUGACGCGAUGCCCCUGGCAAAUAUGGUAACUCGCACUGGUGACAAAAUCCUGGAAGGCAGUAGAUGCCGACAGUGCAGUCCCGACACGAGGGGACUCGGGGCUGCCGCCAUCGAUCUCGUGCGCAUGGUAGACAUCCGCCUGGACCGAGACGUGAUUUUCCGCGAGGUUAAGGCAAGGUUCGUCGACCUGGAGGGCCAGUACUCCUUCUCGAGCUCGACGGCGAGCUCCAAUGACGAGGGCGUGCUGGUUCAAAAAAUGGAGGAGGUGGCGAGAACUUUGAAGGAUGGGUUUGAUGACCUAAAGGGGAGGUUGAGCAAGGUUCUGGACAGCACCCAGGAAAGUCUCAUGCGUCUCCAGACCUUACAGGCUCCGAACUACCCGUAUCCUCGUCUUGUGGCCAUAGAAGAAAUCGCUUCUGGUGGCACUCUGACGAGAGCUCGAGGGAUGAAGAGAGUGCUGAGCAAGCUUCGUGGCGUGGGUACGAAGGAGAUGACCCUGCACUUCUUGUGCCCGGUCGACAUGACCAAGGUGCCGUGCGGCUAUGACGGGGACGGCUAUCGUUUUCGGGAGACUCGUAGAUGGGUCAAGAAGCUAUCGCCUGUGCUCCAGGUGGCCAUGGUGACGGCGAAGGUAGCAAUAAAGGCCACGUCAGGACUGGACGUAGACCUGUCGGACUUCCUCAAGGACGUGAACGAUGGGUUGGUCGAUGAGCUAGUCGACCGAAUGCUCGACGAGGACGAGCUACGUCGUGUUGUAUCGGGUGAAGAGGACGUCGGCACCGACAUGCAGAAGCAAACGAGGGCCUCGUAUGAAGCGCUGACAGAGCUCAUGGGGAAACUGGAAAGACGUAAGGAUGCCAGGGAUGGUGAUGGCUACGUAGACUUCAGGGAAAACAUGCAGCGCCUAUCGGACGGAAGGGGGGGGGAGGUAUGGGUUCGGAACGAAAACGUUCAAAAAUGGUUGGACUCACACUCGAGCGCUGCUCCAUCGAGGUAGGGGCUGGUGCAGCAAUACGCACAACCGACAUAUUGUCGAACCAGUGGUAGAUUUAUCUCUCUGUUGUACCUGGUAGUAGGAAGGAUAUAAAACGGAGCGCUGUGGUAUGAGCUGCUGGGAGGCAGGAAGAGCUCGCGGGGGGAAGGGAGGACGGGGGGCGUCGAAGGCUCCGGCCCUAGUUGUCAAAUCUUUGUAUGGUGGAAGAAGAGCGUGUGACUCUUUUACUCAUGGAGUGGAGAUAGUUUAUGAUGAGGAGGCAUUCUCGCCUUUUUUGUCUAUGGCCUGCUUACAUGAACAAGAGUUGCGUGUCGUGGUUGUGGUUCUUCUUUGGUCCGUGGUUGGUUGUGUUGUCGAUUUCGCCCCUUGCUCCACGUAGGAACCACAGUGGAGGUGUUUCCGAGUCGCCGAACAUCCCGUGGGGGCAUUGCGGCACAUUUAUUUUAUGGGCGGGAGGUGUAACGGUGUGUUUGAAUUGAGUACGUUAGCGCAAACCUUGGCAGCCAUGGUGAAUCAACGAUAUAUACGAACUACAGUACACUCUGCGGUUUGUGAAGUGCUGGACAGAAAAAGGUACGGUUGCAGAAAGGUGAUAAUAAUUACUCCAAGCGAUGCACCAG